CGCGCCCUUCCGCUGCCCCGCGGCGCUGCGAGAUGGCGGCGCCCGGCGGCUGCCGGCUGCUGCGGCUCGGCCGGCGCUGGUUCUCGCAGGAGCCCGCCGUGCCGCCGCCGCCCGGGCCGCUCUACCCGCCCGUGGUGGCCUCGCACACGGCCAGGAGCAAGGCGGCCCGGCGGCGGCGCCUGGAGCACUUCCACCGGCAGGUGCACGAGGCGGCCUCGAUCGAGGAGAAGCUGCGGCUGUACGGGAAGCUGCAGCGGCCCAAGUACACGGUGCACCCGCAGACCUUCGCCCUCAACGCCGACCGCUGGUACCGGAGCUUCACCAGGACCGUCUUCGUGCCGGGGCUGCCGCCGCCGGCGGAGGCCGCGGAGGAGCCGGGGCCCGCGGCGGGAGCGGCGCCGGACGCGGACGCGGACCUGGACCUGGACCUGGGCGCGCUGCGCUCGCUCGCGUGCGACGCGCUGCUGCAGGAGAGCUUCUACCAGAACAAGCGGCGGCCGUUCCUCUACCGCGACCAGGAGCACACGCCCGGCCCCUUCCUCACGCAGCUCGUCUCCUCCCUCGCCGCCUCCCUGUGCGGCCGCAACCCGCUGCUGGCGGCCUCGUCUCUUGACCUAAAUCCUGAGGUUAACUACUACUGGCAUCACGGUGAGGAGGUUGUUGUGCACGGACAUCGAAAAGGUAGAGUCGAUCCUGUGCGGUUUCAGAUAGAUGAUAAGCCGCACCUCCAGCUGCGUGUACCAAAGCAACUUCCAGAGAUUGUACCGCUGGAGUCAGACCUUGGAGAUGUUCCCGUUAUUGAUCACAAACCGUCCAAACUGCCACUGUUCAAAAAGCAGUAUGAAAACAAGGUAUUUAUAGGGUCAAAGGUAGCAGACCCGUGCUGUUAUGGCCACACGCAGUUUCACCUGAUUCCUGAUAAACUCAAAAGGGAGAGGUUUGAAAUAGCGAACCUUGAGGAUCAGAUUGAAGUUGUUUAUCGAGCUAAUGGUGUCGCAAGUCUCUUUGCGUGGACAGCAGCUCAAGCAAUGUAUCAAGGAUUCUGGAAUGAAGCAGAUGUGACGCGUCCUUUUGUAUCACAGGCAGUAGUGACUGAUGGAAAAUACUUUGCUUUCUUUUGUUUCCAGCUGAACACUUUAGCGUUAACUGUAGAAACUGUUAAAAACAACCCUCGGAAGAAUAUCUGUUGGGGAACAGACAGUAAGCCAUUAUACGAUGUUGUCGAAGAGGGUAGUGUGAGAGGCUUUAAUGAUGAAGUUCUGCUUCAGUUGGUUCGUUUUCUGUUAAACAGACCAAAAGAGCUGUAAAUCAUUAAACUAAAAUUCCUGUUCACGUGCCUGAACUUCAUUGUAACUCUGUGGAGUACGGGCUGGAAUAUGCCUUGCUCUUAGUCAACUAUGUCUAGCAAACACAAUACAUGUAUUUCAUGACCUUUGUCCAUAUUUCUUAACUUGAACUGUAUUAUACUGUACACUGAAAAAUAAAUGUCUGGAAUACCUUU